AUGGAUUUAAAGUCAACACUCCUGGUUGUUGGAGGCUCUGCGUGCUGUUUCAAACUGCUGAACACCGUCAUCCGAUUCCUUCCAACACCAGAACUGGCACGCAAUAAAUCCUGGAAGUGGAGGAAUAUCAGCACUUCAUUAGCUCACAGCUCGCUGACAGGAGCGUGGGCCGUCGUAUGUUUCUACAUUCAGCCUCACAUGGUGGAGGACCUGAUCUCCUCUCAGUCCUUGCUCUCCCACAGUCUUGUAGCUGUGUCUACAGGUUAUUUUAUCCAUGACUUCUUGGACGUGGCUUUGAACCAGUCAUUCAAACGCUCCCGGGAGGUGCUCCUCCACCACUCUUUGGUGCUUUCCUGCUUCAGUUUGUCUGUGACGUCCCGCCUCUAUGUGGGCUACGCUGUGGUGUCUUUGCUGGUUGAGAUCAACUCAGUUUUCCUUCACAUCAGGCAGCUCCUCCUGCUGUCAGGGCGGAGGAACAUGCCCGGGACGGACGUCAAAGCCCCUCCUCGACCCUCUGUGACCUACAGCGUGACCAGCGCGCUCAGCCUGGGAACGUUAUUGGUGUUUCGUGUCUGCACGCUGGCUUGGAUGACCCGCUGGCUGGCAGCUCACACUGAACGUGUACCUCGCUACGCCCUGACGAUGGGGACAGUCGGCCUGAGUCUCAUCUCCAUCAUGAACGUGGUGUUGUUUUACAGACUGCUCCGGGCAGACGUCCUCCCUAGCACACACAACACCAGCAACGGCCGCUAG